AAUAAAUACCUAGGUACCUAGCAGCCUAAAAGAACACCACACUUCAUCAUGGUCCGCCCACUCCUAAUCCUAUCAACCUUCGGGUUGGCAUCGGCGCAAGCCACCUACCUAAACCAGUCCGCCCCAUUCAACCUCGUCCUCACAAGCGCCAACAGCACCUUCAACGGCGUGAAGCUCCAAGCCUGCCACUCCGGCGCCGCCGUGGAGUCAUUCUGCGUCGGCCAAACUUCCUCAGACCCCAUGUUCCAGACCUUCUUCUUCAACGGCUCGUCCGAGCCGCCCCAGGACGCGAGCCACCUGCCCACCGGCCUCCUGACGUGGACUUUUACCGGCGGGGUGCCGGUGUUCACCUCCAGCACGGCGAUGACCUUCUUCUACAACCAGGCGUCGAACCUCGCGUUCCCGCUCAUCUGGCCCUCGCAGGAUAACGCGCUGCCGAUCUCGUUCACCGAGGAGGACGGUCUUCUCGCGGUAGGGGUCAACAUCAAUGAUGCGCUGUCGCCGCCGCAGCCGUACGAGGACUAUAUUGCGUAUCUGACUGGUCGGUGGGCUAUUUGCAAGACGUAUUGGCAGGGGUAUGGGUAUGAGGCGCUGCAGUGGGUGCUGGGAGACCAGGAGCCGCAGAACCCGAGUUGUCAGAGGGUCACGGUUAAGAGGGUUUGGGUGUGA